AUGGAAAACUUCUUGCGAUCAAAGGAGUAUUGGGGUCUGGUGGAGAAUGGGAUCCCUGCAGCAGCAGGAGAAGCAGAUCUCACAGAAGGACAGAGGAAAGCCGUUGAAGAUCAGAAGCUGAAGGAUCUGAAAGCCAAGAACUAUAUGUUUCAAGAAAUUGACCGUUCAAUCCUAGAGACAAUUCUGAACAAAGACACAUCAAAGAAUAUCUGGGAUUCUUUGAAACAGAAGUAUCAAGGCACCACAGUGGUCAAGCGAACACAGCUACAAGCUCUUCAUAAAGAGUUUGAGAUUCUUCACAUGAAGGCAGGAGAAUCUGUGAAUGAAUACUUCGCCAGGACUCUCACCAUAGCUAACAAAAUGAGGCUACAUGGUGAAAAAUUGGGAGAUGUGUUAGUCAUUGAAAAGAUUCUGAGGUCAAUGACUUCUAAGUUUGAUUAUGUUGUUUGCUCCAUUGAAGAGUCACAUGAUUUAGACUCUAUGUCCAUUGACGAGUUACAAAGUAGUCUACUGAUGCAUGAGCAACGUAUGAAUGAUCACGUCACAGAAGAACAAGCAUUGAAGGUAACGUAUGAUGAGUCCUCUGGAGGAAGAGGUUGUGGACAUGGAAGUUUUAGAGGAAGAGGUCGAGGGAGAGGCAGGAGCUUUGACAAAUCCACAGUGGAAUGUUACCACUGCCAUAAACUAGGGCAUUUUCAAUAUGAAUGCCCAAGCAAGGAAAAAGGAGCAAAUUUUGUAGAGCCUGAAGAAGAGAUAUUGCUGAUGGCUUAUGUAGAUGAUAAAAAGAAGAACAUGGAAGAUUUGUGGUAUCUUGACUCCGGUUGCAGUAAUCAUAUGUGCGGGAAGAAGGAAUGUUUCUUAGAUUUGGAUACAAGCUUCAGAGACUCAGUAAAGCUUGGAAACAACUCAAGCAUGGCAGUAUAUGGGAAAGGCAAUAUAAGGCUGCAAGUGAAUGGGAUUGAUCAAAUCAUCACUGGAGUGUUUUAUGUGUCGGAGCUAAAUAAUAAUUUGCUGAGUAUUGGACAACUUCUAUAG